ACCAAUUCCAGCAAUAAAACCUGCAUUUCGCCGAAGGGCUACGAAAUUCCGAGCAUACGAGUACCACUUCGAUGUGUGACGGCCAGUACGUUAGUCUCAUGAUGGACUUCCCUAUGUUGCGAGGGUGUCCUAGGACGCACCAGACCGUUCAUCGGCCCCCGAACCCAUUGACGGUCACCCACAAAUACCUCCACGUUCGAGCAGCCAUAUCCAGUUCUAUCCCCUUGUUGCUCACGACAGAUCUGGUGCAGCUCGGGUGAGAGAUCAAUUGACUCCAUUGAAGUCCAACUAAGGACAGCAUGGCAGCUCCCUCAGACUUCACUCGCAGGCUAAAGCCCGCUCCGCCUGACGGAGCAACCACGAUAAACCAGGAGCGUGAACAAUCCGACGUUGAUGCUGACCAGCUUGGCCAAUAUCUCCACGGCAAGAUAUACCUCCAAAGACAGCAACGAAUACUGGCCAUCAUCAUCAAAGAGAAACUCUUCGACAAGUCCCAGCAAGCGAAUCUAUCACGACCAGAUCGCUACAAAUUGGGUCUGGCCAGAGGAAAGCGUUUACGUCAAUUGCAGGACUUCCAUGGCUGGGACGAUGAAGAUUUCCUGAUGGCCGAAUAUCUGGUGGAUGAUGUUCAGCCUUACCACCUGCACAUCUCGCUGUUUACCGCUGCAAUAAGAGAGCAAUCCAACGACGAGCAGCGAGAGUAUUGGAUGCCAAAGGUGGCCUCGUGGGAGAUCGUUGGUGCAUACGCACAGACCGAGCUGGGCCAUGGGAGCAACGUGCGUGGCAUCGAGACACAAGCUCGCUGGGAUCCUCAAUCUCAGCAGUUUAUCCUCCACAGUCCGUACCUUACAGCAAGCAAAUGGUGGAAUGGGACGUUGGGCAGGACGGCCACUCACGCUGUAGUGAUUGCGCAGUUGAUGCUCCCUGAAGGAUCUGACGGAUCAGAUGUCAAGUACAAGUCCCAUGGACCACAUCCAUUCAUCGUCCAGGUCCGGGACAUGAGAACACAUCAACCACCGAAUUCCAUCAUCGUUGGUGACAUUGGACCCAAAUACGGCUAUGCUCCGAUGGACAACGCGUACAUGCUGUUCGACCAUCAUAGAAUUCCACAUAGCGCUCUCCUGUCAAGAUAUUCGAAACUCGAUCCUCACACGGGCGCAUACACCAAGUCGAAAAAUCCCAGCUCUCUCUACGGACAACUGACAAGAGGCCGCUCAGUGAUCGCAAUGCAUGCUCGUCUGGUCCUGGCCAGGGCCGUGACAGUCGCCGUCCGCUAUUUAUCCAUACGGCGGCAAUUCCAUGAUCGCGAUAAUCCGGACAAAGAAGGCACGGAGACAUCGGUCCUGGACUAUCCAACGGUCCAGAUCCGCAUCUUGCCGUUGCUUGCGACCACCUUCGCACUCCAUUUCAGUGGUCUAGCCAUGCGCCAACUUUACGAGCGGACCAGGAACAGCAGUGCAUCGGACGGCGACCGGGUUUCCGAGAAUGCCGACCUAGCGACACUGACAGAGCUCCACAGUACUUCUGCUGGACUCAAAAGUCUCACCACGGAGCUGGCUGCGAACGGCAUUGAAACAUGUCGGCGAGCCAUGGGUGGGCAUGGCUACGGCGGCGGCACAGGUCUGGUCCAGCUCAACGCAGAUUACCUUUCCAAGCCCACGGUCGAGGGUGACAAUUGGAUGAUCACCCAGCAGGUGGCGCAAUAUCUGAUCAAGAAGGUUAAGGAGCGAGCCCAUUCCUUGAAGAGUCAAGCUCUCAACAAGACAGAGGAACACCUCAAGGACUAUUUGUACAGUCGUGUCAGAGAACCCAAAUUCAGAGUCCUUGAAGAUAACGAGGCCAUCGUACAGGCUUUCAAUUGGCGUAUGUCAUGGUUGGCUUUCCGAGCGUACGAUGCGCGAGAAGUUCUGGGAAGGCCGUGGAAUAGUCUUCUCAUAGAAUUCCACAAAUUGAGUCGAGCCUAUUCACAAGCGAUGCUUGUCUCGAACUUCUACGCCGCCAUCUCUUCGUCGACAAUGGGGCCCCUAGCACCGACAACGCGAAGAGCCCUGACCGACCUAUUCCGCCUUUUCGCCUUGCACACAAUGGAUACGGAGGCACGUGAGUUCCAGAACUCGGGCGCCGUAAGCUCGGACACCUUGGACCAGCUAUCGGACACAGUUUUGGCACUCAUGUCCAAGAUCAGGCCGCACGCGGUCAAGCUCGUGGAUGCAUGGGCCUUACCAGAUUACCUGUUGGAUAGUGCAUUAGGUCGCUACGACGGACGAGUCUACGAAGACCUCUUCCAUCGCGCACAUGUGUUGAACCCUCUGAACAAAGUGACGUUCAACCCAGACUAUCGUAGCAAUGAGAUCGUCAUGGGAAGUGGAGAUGCAGGCCGAAUUCAAGCGAAGCUGUAGGCGCGCACAGACUGAGACCUGGGAUGAUCUGCAGAUAUUUCACGUUGCACGGCGAUUUCAUGCAAGCAUUUUUCGCAGACAAUUUGUAAGC